CGGCACUGAAUAGUCAGAUGCGCUAAGCUAAAGAACGGAUUGCUGAGCGUCAAUUGGUUGGCCGGGUCAGUUGAGUUUUCUUGUUACCUACCGGAUAAACGCCUUUGAAGGACAGUAAAAACAGCCAUCCACCACGGAACUCAGCACGCCUCCGCAUUUGCAAGCCCACCACCACAUAACCCUUUAAGAGUCAACACAGUCUCCACUGCGCACGCCAUAAUUCUGAAGCCGUGCCUCGGACAUCGCGGAGCGCAUCGAUUUUUGCGUCGGUAUUCGUGUCUCGCGAAUUGCGAAUUGCUAACCACCCGCCUCUCGCAGCAAUACAAUGACAACGGCGGCAUGCGACAUCUGCGAGAAGAUCAUUCUCCUUUUGCGUGCUCCGCACAUUAGCGCCCACCGCCUAGACAUGAUUAGCCUUGGGAGAGGCAAUGAGGUUCUCAAGGCUUCCGAGAGGUGUGAUAGUCACCAGAGACUGGUGGCUUCGGCGUUGGCUUUAGAUGCCCAAGAGUCUAGUUUCGCGCUCUCCGAGGCUAUCAAUUUCAUAAGACAAAUACGCAUCGUCAAGUUGCCAUCGAAGCCAGGCGCCAUCGUUGUGGCGGACAUGUUAUCCUCAUCCCCCGUCCCGAAACUGCCCCUUUCGGCCUUAUACAUCCCCGAAGACCCAUCGAACCCCAAAGGCGUGAUUGGAGGCCGGAUUCUCCAUCCUGAGUGGAUCGAUCUCCGCCUCCCGGUGAUGUGGAAAGACGCUUGCGCUCGUCUCCACGACGGCUUAUGCAAGAGUCAUCCGUUUCAUACCCUGGCUUCCAUAACGCCGGCCUGGCUCAUAGAUGUCCGCAGUCAAUGUCUCGUCCGCGCUCCUGAUGGAUGCUCCUACGUUGCCCUCAGCUACGUCUGGGGAAACCAGCGAACUUUACAGACCCUACGGAGCAACCAAGACCAGCUUCAACAACCCGGAUCACUCUCCCUCUCGACAUGGGAACCCCCUAUCUCAACCACCACACGCAAUGCGAUGGGCGUCGUCAACCUCUUGGCGGAGAGGUAUCUUUGGGUUGAUACCCUGUGUAUUGUCCAAGAUGAUGAAUCUCAGAAGCAUAGGGAGUUGGCCAAAAUGGGUGCCAUCUACGCUAACGCUUCGGUCACCAUCAUGGCUGUCCAGGGCGAACACGCCAAUUAUGGCUUGAGAGGGUUUCGCGGCAUAUCCGAGCCUAGACGAUCACGCCAAGUCAUCCAUCCUAUGGCGGACGGACUAAGAGCACUUCAGUGCCCGGUGGAGGCAGAGAACUACGAGCUUGCAUGCGAGUGUUCCCCUUACGCGACCAGAGGAUGGACGUAUCAGGAGCAUCUGUUUUCGAGGAGAAAGCUGAUCUUCGAUGGCGAUUCGCUGCGCUGGGAGUGCUCGGCAGCCAUAUGGCGUGAACACGUAGAGUUUUCCACCGAUCUUCAUCCGAUUCACAAUAACAUAACCAGUUGCCAGUCCAUAUUUGGAUCUCUGGUUCCCGAUUUUAACGCAUUUCAAGAGAUCCUGCGAAACUACAACAUAAGAAACUUCACCUACCCGGAAGAUGCACUCGAGGCCUUUGCAGGGAUCUCGUCUGUCAUGGGCUGGUCCGUUGGCGGGAACCUCGUCGCGGGCCUCCCCAUCGCGUCGUUCGACACAUUCUUGGUGUGGCAACCCGAGACAAGGAUGGUGCGCAGAGCCGCCCGAGAGCCAGAGAAGAAAUAUUGCCUUCCUAGCUGGAGUUGGGCGGGGUGGUCCGGCUCCGUCAAGAUGGACGUGGCAUCCGCCUCGGAUUUUAUCAGAAAUUGUCCCAGAGUCAUGGCUUGGGGGUCACGCUCGGUACGAGUAACGAGGCUCGUAUCGUGGAAAUACCACUUGACACCUGAGUCACCCGGAAUCCCCAUUCAACCCAGCAUCCUGAAGUGCCGAGAAGAGUGGCUAGAAGGUCGGGGGGGAAACGCCCCUGGCUGGACCAUGCAUCCCGUUUCAAAAAAUCCACAGGCGAAAUACGAAAUGUCAGAUCCCAGCUCUCCAUCUCCGGUUUUCUUUAGGCAUCCCAUGCACCCAGGUUUCGAUUUCUGGUAUCCAAUUCCGCUUCCGGGGCACGGAGAUACUUUCAACGAUGUUCAGGCGCCGUACCUGUCAUGCAGAACGCGGCGAGCCUCGCUGUUUCCUGCCGAGAAAAUCCAACGAAUCUACGGGCCCCCACUCCUUUCCCUCCGAGACCAGGCUGGGAUUUGGGUUGGAGCCCUCCAACCAGACGAUGGUAUUGAUGAGCCCGACGACGCUGCGCGGGAGCCGUCUGAGGCUAUUGUGCUAGUCGAGAUUGCAAAGGGGUUCUGCCGGGACACGACCUCUCCACAUCCCGGGCUCCAGGAGGUUGACCAUCCAGAGAAGCCGAAAAGUGGCGAUUGGUAUGAGUACUAUUGGGUGAUGUGGGUGGAAAGGACACACAGUAUAGCGUAUCGUAAGGGACUUGGCCGGGUCUGUAAACCAGUCUGGGAGAAGCAAACCAGAGAGGAGGUUGAAUUGAUGCUGGGCUAGUAGUCAGCGACGAGAGGCACAUGGCUAGAGAGGCGAGCCGCAACCGGGACGCGCUAUAGUGGCCAUUGUUACGAGAGAAGGAGCAUAUAAGGUUAUCUAGGUGCUCUUCUUCCUCCUGUCGGUUGUGGGACAGAAUAGUCCGGCAUACCUAUAUGUAAUCUCGUUUCUAGAAACUGGAGAGUAGCAAUUCCAUCAGCUAGUCGAUCGAUCAAGACGAGACUCUCCAGACAGAAGAGGAAUCGAG